AUGGAUCCAGUCAGCGCUCUCGGGCUCACAGCCAGCAUCAUUGCUUGUAUUCAAUUAGCCCAGGCUUUGUCGAAGACUGUUGGACUAUCUGAACACAACCGAACUGAUCUAGAGCGUAUGCUAAAGACAUUGCGGAGAUUUCUUGCCUCAUAUCAAGGUUUGAAGAAUAUAGCUGCGAUUGAUGAAGGUGAAGGGCGAUUCUGCCUCGUUGAACAAGCUGAACAGCCCUGGAAAGAAUGUCAGGAAGUCAUCAACGAAGUCCAACAAAGAUUAAAGGAGAAGAAUUUGUUUAAUCGAUGGAUUAGAGGGAGUUCUUGGGACAGGAAAAUCAACAAAUGUUUGUCAAGCUUUGAUGAUAUUAGGGAGCAGUUUGAUAUUGCAAUUCAGUCCGAUCAACUACAAAUCAUUGCAGCAGUCGAGAAGUACGCCCAGCAGGCUCUAUGCGACACUCGAGAUAUCAAGAAAAAAGCGCAGAGGAUUGAAGACCAUAUCCGAGACAUUAAAGAUGAUGCUCGCGAUAUUAGACAUGAUGUCAGUCUUUUUAAUCAGAGUAUCAAUACAAAUCAUACAAACAUCGUCCAACAUGCUCAAGAUGUUAAGGAUAGCAUCCAGGAUAUAAAAUGCACAAUCACUCAGCAAAGUUUGGAUUUCGAGUCUCAUGAGAAGAUAAAAGCCCGAGAAUCUAAGAAAAAGGACCUUCUCCAUUGGUUGUUGACUGCAGACCCGAAAACAAACCAUGACUUGGCGCGAAGACACUUUGAACCUGGCACCGGGUCAUGGUUUCUUCAAAGUAAUGAAUACAGCAAUUGGAAGACGAGCGAUAAUUCCUUCCUUUGGGUUCAGGGUCUAUCAGGCUGCGGCAAAACAAUUUUGUGCUCAACAGUUGUUCAGGAUAUGACCGAUUAUUGUGCCAAUAAUUCCGACCGUUUCAUCGCAUAUUACUACUUCUCUUUCAAUGAAACUGAAAAACAAAAUGCCAAUAAUUUGCUGCGCUCCGUUCUCACACAAUUCCUCGUCAGAUAUGACGCCGCGCUCGACGAUGCUUUAGUCAUCUACAAUGACAUUCAAUCCACCGCUCCGCAAUUAGAGAAGCUGAAAGCGAUGCUUAAAGCCGUGUUGUCGAUGCCUGGAAUAUUUUACCUAAUCCUAGACGCAGUGGAUGAAUGUCCUAGAGGUUACGAACAAGGUAAUCGACAGGUUGUCUGUGAAUUACUGCAAGAGUUAUCCUCAUGGGCCUACAAAAGUUUACAUAUAUUCAUGACCAGUCGGAAGGAAGCGGACAUCAAAGAAAUCAUAGAUGAGAUACCCAGACUCUCAAUUUUUCCUAUCAGAAAUGAAAAUGUCAACUCGGACACACGCCGAUACGUCAAAAAGCAGUUGGAAAACGACAAAAAACUAAGAAAGUGGUCACCUGAGAUUAAGACCGAGAUAGCAAUGGCAUUGGAAGACAGUGCUAAUGGAAUGUUCCUGUGGGUGACCUGUCAGCUCGAUGCCCUAAGAAGGUGCCCCACUCCAGCUAUGUUACGAAAGACUCUAAAGAGCCUGCCUCGAACUCUGCAUGCUACAUACGAAAGAAUGCUUUCAAAUAUCCAUGAAGAUUACACAGACAUAGUCGUUGCUGCACUGAAGUGGCUGGUGAUUUGUCAGGAGGGCCUAACGCUCAAUCAAUUAGCUGAAGCUGUAGCGGCAGGCAUCGAUUCGAAAUCUUCAUUCAACAUUGAUAAUCGAUUCGGGAAUCCACGUGAACUUCUUGAUAUUUUAGGGAGUUUGGUUACCCUCAUUGAAGACGGCCGUAUAAGUUAUUGGCUUGCAUCUGACGGUAAAACUAUCACUCCUAUAUACACAGAAUUUGUCCAAUUGUCCCACUUCUCAAUUCGCGAGUAUCUGACAUCAACUCAUCUGAAUGUCACAUAUAUGAAUGGCUUUGGUGAACCCACUCUACACCUAUUUGCUCUUGAAUGCUGCCUAAAUUACAUUAACGGGCUCACUGCACAGAACAUCCAUGGAAUUAUAUGGACGUACCCUUCCAACCACUGGCUAUCUCUUGCGAGAGGUUGUUCAUAUCAAAACGGCAUGGAAACAGCGAGAUACAUUGUCCAAUAUCUGGACUCGUACCAUUGGAGAGAGGCCUGGUUUUGCCAAUAUCGGAACUCGCACCAUUGGAGAGAUGACUGGCGUGGCCAAUUUGAUGAUUCUUUUGAUACCAACUUUUCGAAUGUCCAAUGGAAGAAUGCGGAUGGUCCUGUCACAACGAUUUAUUACGCAGUUUUUUUUUAAGCUGAAACAAGUGGAACAACUACUCGUCGAUGAAUACAACGCGACUGUUGACGUGCCUUUGGAACUCGGAGAAUGUCCUCCACUCUCCGUAGCUGCCCAUUUUGAGAACGCGGCUCAUGUACGCGACUACUUCAAUUUCCCUAGUGACACAUCAACAAUGUAUGGCAGGUUUCAAACUGCCUUGGAGCUUGCGAAAAAAAAAAGGUAG